GGCGCAGCAGCAUCAGUAAACGACCAACUCUCGCGAGGUGCGCACACGCAACGCUCGCUGUCCAUAAAAUAACAGAAAAUAAAAGAAAAAGCUCCAUCGACAACACACCACAGCAGCAGCAACAUGUAUCUGGAUACAAAAAACUUGACAGCCAUCAGCACUUCAGCUUUGACAGCGGGUACGCCUACGAACCCAAAGUCCGCUGGGCGCAUGCGCAAAGUUUGGCAGCCGUUGCGUCGCCUGCUAAAAGUGGGCGGCAAAGGUCGCACCGCUCAGCUGACCUUGGCCCAUCCCAACAACGUGGAUCUCAAUAACACACAGCAACAGCAACAGCAACUUGAGUUGCUCAUUGACGAUGACACCAAGUCAACGCCAGAGGAGUCUAUUCACAAGUACGGAUUGGAGCUGAGACAAUUGCCGGAGGAAGAGGAGGUUUCCCUCACCCAGCCGCCCAACACGCCCACCUUAAUUAGUAGCGUUUAUGUGGACAAGGUCAGCGCCACAAGCUGCGGAAACUGCCAGCACGGACGCAAUUGCCAGCACAGACAUCACAGUAGCAGCAGCAACAUCAACAGCAGCAGCAACAUGAACAGUAGCAACAUCAACAGCAGCAAUGCAACACAGUUGCCCAGCAAUCUCUGGGAUCUGCAGUUGCCCCUCCAGUACAUUAGCACGGAUAAUGGCACCUUCUUUUGGGCCAACACACAGGAUCGAGUUGAUGAUGAUCUUCUGCAUGCUUUGCUCUGCCAGAGCUUCAGUCAGCUCCCUGGAACACUCUGUUAGUUGUACUCCACACCCACAAUAACCUCACCCAAUCACUAAACAGAUCUCAAGCUCAUAGGGGUUAUACCCCUAAUUAUUGUAAUUUCAUUUAUUUAUACCCUUCGCAAUAUUUACGUUGUUAAUGUGAUACUAAUUUGCAUAUAAAAUAAAAUAUAAACGCUCAUUUUGUAACAUACAAAU